GGUUAUUUCGUAAAUUACCCGUUACUGUUCCCCCCUUUUAAUCUCUCUUUCUUCCUGCAUUACCUUUCACAUUCUCGUUUAUCCUUCAGGCUAGGCCUCUCGCUUCCUCCCGUUUGCUACUGGCUUCUCUUCGGUCUCCUUUCUUUCUCUCUCUCUUUCUUUCUUUUUUUUUUUCGUCAGACAAAGAGCUUCCCAGGGGAAUUAUAGGUUCUCUCUCUCGUUUUUUUGAGCCCCUCUUCGUAGAUUUUCUCCCCUGGUUUAGAUCCAUCGGUCUUUGCAUUUUUUCAUCUGUUAGAUAGUUUACGGAAGUGAUGAGUUUCUUGAGAACUAAGGAACUUUUUCAGCUUAUUAAGCAUGCAUCCACAUUGGAACUGUCUUAUGUGUUACAGGUCAAUCAGGGGGACAUUAUCUUGGAGCUUGGUAACGGCGUGACUUGCUCUUAGCAUCCAAACUUCAUUCAGAAUCUGUACUUGUUAUUCUUGACGAAGUUUAUUUUAGCCCUAAUGCAAGGGCACAGGGGUACCAUUGGUUCUUUACCAGAGGCCUUAAACUUUGACCAUGGAUCUGCAUCAAACAGUGCAGGAAUAGAUCCGCAGAUUUGCUGGAGUGGUAUUCAUAAUACUGGAGAAAACCGGUUGCCGAAUUAUAUGCUUUCACCAAAUGAUGCAAACAUUACUUUUGUGAAUCCUAUUUAUCAUGAACAACAGGAUUUGAACAGAUGGAGCCAUGGCGAAUCGAGCUCUAGUGGUACAAAGAAUGAGGUUUGUCAUGAUGAGCAAAAAUCAGAGCAUGGAUGGUCAUCUUCUGCCGGUGCUUGUGCUGGAGCUGUUCCAAGAUCAGAAGGAAGAAGAAACGACAGUGUUGGAGUGAACCCCUUAUUUGCAGAGUGUUCAAAUUCCAAUAUAGUGGUGCAGAAUCUCAACUUGAACACAGGUUUUAUGGGUAAUGAUGGUGAUGGUAAUCAAAAUAUGGAACAUACUAAUUUCCACAAAUCUAGUCGAUCAGAAAACGAGCAAGUUUCACCGGCUAGGGGUUCUGAAUAUCUGGUGGAACACAAUGGUGGUAGACCAGGUUGUGCCCUUGAGGGUCGUCGUACAUCCUGCAAAAGAAAGGCCCUUGAAGGAAGUGUUGGUCAGUCUUCUUCAAGUGGGAAUUGUAAUGAUUUUCAACGUGCAGAAAGUAGUGUGUCAACUGCUCUCUCUCCCUGCUAUAAUGCAGGAAGUGGUUUAAGUAUAUCUUCCUCAUCAGAACAGGUGAACCCAAGACUUGUACUUGGUUCAAGGGGAAUGGCUUCUGGAAGCAUUCCUGAUUCAACAGUUACAGGAGCUGUUGAAGGCUCCCAUAGAAAUUUCCGUCUGAGGAUUAAUCAUUCAAACCAACAAGAAUCCAUAAACCCGACUUUGUUUCAGUCAGGGAUUGUUAGGCAUUCUAGUACUUCGACUUCACAGCAGUCCUCAAGCCUUCUGCCAGUUGAUCAUUCUCUGGAUUUGAGGUCAGCACCAGCUGUUGAUAAUUUGAAUUGUCAAAGCCAGAACACUGCCAUCCAUGUUCCAGCACUAACUAGAAAUGUGCACCCAUUUAGGUGGAGUGGAGGCCCAACCUCAAGAGCUGGAAGUUCGACAAGUUCUAUGUCUGUGGAUAGAGAUGCUAUGCCCCGUGAAGAAACCAGGUCAAGAAACUUAGCUAGAAACAUGGCAGAUAAUCAUUUAUUCAUGCCUGUGCCUGACUUCAGAAAUUCCAUCCGAAAUCCGACAAAUAGAGGCUUAACUGGUUUAAAUAUAGGCAUUCCUGGAAAUAUUGCAUCUACAUCAAGGGUUGCUUCAUCUUCAGGAGUCCAACCUUCUUCUAACCCGGCAUGGGUUCUUCCUCCUCCCAAUCCUCCUCCGCAUUUUCCAAGAAGAUUCUCGGAGCUGGUUAGGAGGUCUUUGCUUUCUACUGUUGGAGCUGAUUCUGGGGGCACAAGCAGUGAUCGUUCUCCCCUUCUUUCAGUUCCUCCUCCUUCCCCCGAAGAGAUGGUUCUUCCCUCAGGAUCUGGUAGCCAGGGGCAUCAUCACUCAUAUCCCCGAUCGGCGCCAUGGUUGGAGAGGCAAGGCGAUAGUAUACUUGGAAUUCCCCAUUCUUUGCGUGCGUUGGCUGCUGGCAGUGAAGGAAGGAGCAGGCUUGUUGUAUCUGAGAUUCGCAAUGUCUUGGAUCUCAUGCGGAGGGGUGAGAGCUUGCGUUUUGAGGAUGUCAUGAUCCUUGACCAGUCAAUGUUUUUUGGAGUAGCUGAUAUUCAUGACCGGCAUAGAGAUAUGCGACUUGAUGUGGAUAACAUGUCGUACGAGGAGUUACUAGCACUCGAAGAGCGAAUUGGAAAUGUUAGCACAGGAUUGAGUGAAGAAAUUAUAAAAAACAACCUUAAGCAGAAGAAAUGCUCCAUUGCUCAAGGAGCACAGCAGGAGGGAGAACCUUGCUGUAUCUGUCAGGAGGAAUAUAACGACGGAGAAGAUCUUGGAACACUGGAAUGCGGGCAUGAUUUUCAUAGUGAUUGCAUUAAACAGUGGCUGAUGCGGAAAAACUCAUGUCCCAUUUGCAAGACGACGGGCUUGACUACAAAGUGAGGGAGGGCGAUUAGUAAAGACUGUCCCUACAACUUUUGUCGCAUAUUAUAUAGUUCAUUGGAACCAAUCCUCAGGUGGGUGUUGCCAUGGUUGAUCUUCAGUGUGAAGGUAGUCCAUGGCAUAAUUCACUGGAGGGCUAUAGACAAUUUUCUCUUUUUUUGUUUUCUCUUAAUUUUAUGGAGGGGGGAGGAAAUGGUGGGGAGGAUACUGCAAAUUCCUGGAGAAGUUGAAGAAUAGCAAAACUAGUUUCUAACUUUUUCAUUCAUUAGUGAAAAAUUUAGGUGUUAUGAUGCCGUCUAUCAAAAAGUAUUCAGCCUAUUGGCAACAUAGAAUUUGUUCAAGUUAAAAAUUGCAUUGAGAAAUUGAUGAAUUCCCCAUUUGAAUUA